GCAAACCGGCGCCAUCUUGGGUGUCGCAGUUUGACUAUCUGUCAGUGUCAGUGUAGCUUUGUAAUUAGUCAUACGGUGAAAAAUACAAAGAAAAUUCAGAAAAAGACUGAAAAGUGUUUUAAGUUUAGUUCCGUGCUUGCUGUUGUUAAAAAUCCGGCAGCAUGACGCAGCAAUUAUUACCGAUAAAGUUCCAGGAGCACUUGCAGCUCACCAAUGUGGGGAUCAACGUGGCGAACAUCUCCUUCGCCACGCUUACAAUGGAGAGCGACAAAUUCAUCUGCGUGCGAGAGAAGGUCGGCGAGACCUCGCAAGUGGUCAUCAUCGACAUGGCCGAUACAGCCAAUCCCAUCCGAAGGCCCAUUACAGCAGAGAGCGCCAUCAUGAACCCGGCGUCCAAAGUCAUAGCCCUCAAAGGCAAGGCCGGCGUCGAAGCGCAAAAAACCCUGCAAAUUUUCAACAUCGAAAUGAAGUCCAAGAUGAAGGCACACACCAUGACAGAGGACGUGAUUUUCUGGAAGUGGAUCUCUCUGAACACGCUGGCGCUGGUCACGGAGACGUCGGUGUACCACUGGUCGAUGGAGGGCGAUUCUACGCCGGUGAAAAUGUUCGACCGACAUUCUUCCCUUAACGGUUGCCAGAUCAUCAACUACCGUACCGACCCUAAACAAAACUGGCUCCUAUUGGUCGGAAUCAGCGCUCAGCAGUCACGUGUCGUAGGCGCAAUGCAACUAUACUCAGUCGAACGUAAAUGUUCACAGCCCAUUGAAGGCCAUGCCGCUUCUUUUGCCACAUUCAAAAUGGAAGGCAAUCCUGAAGCGUCGACACUGUUUUGCUUCGCAGUUCGGACAGUACAAGGAGGAAAACUUCACAUAAUUGAGGUUGGCCAAAGCCCUGCCGGCAACCAGCCCUUCCCCAAGAAAACCGUCGACGUCUUCUUCCCCCCAGAGGCCCAAAACGACUUCCCAGUAGCCAUGCAGGUCUCGGCAAAAUAUGACGUAAUCUACCUGAUCACCAAAUACGGAUACAUCCACAUGUACGACAUCGAAAGCGCCGUCUGCAUCUACAUGAACCGCAUCUCCAGCGAAACCAUUUUCGUGACCGCGCCGCACGAAUCCACGGGCGGGAUAAUCGGGGUGAACCGGAGGGGACAGGUCCUCUCCGUUUCGGUCGACGAAGACAACAUCAUCAGAUACGUCAACCAAAUCCUGCACAACCCCGAUCUGGCGUUGCGAAUCGCGACUCGGAACAACUUGGCGGGCGCCGAAGAGCUGUUCGUCAACAAGUUCCAGAUGCUGUUCACGAACGGGCAGUACGCCGAGGCCGCCAAAGUGGCGGCGAACGCGCCGAAGGGGAUUCUGAGGACGCCGGCGACCAUCCAGAUGUUCCAGCAGGUGCCCACGCAGGCGGGGCAGAAUAGCCCUUUGUUGCAGUAUUUCGGGAUUUUGCUGGAUCAGGGACAGCUGAAUAGGUACGAAUCCCUUGAACUGUGCAAACCUGUUCUCCUCCAAGGCCGUAAACAACUCCUCGAAAAAUGGCUCAAAGAAGACAAGCUCGAAUGUUCGGAAGAACUCGGCGAUCUGGUAAAACAAGCUGAUUCGACAUUGGCCCUCUCCGUCUACCUCCGGGCCAACGUACCAGCUAAAGUCAUUCAGAGUUUUGCCGAAACGGGCCAGUUCCAGAAGAUCGUUCUAUACGCUAAAAAAGUCAACUACACUCCAGACUACAUCUACUUACUUCGAUCGGUCAUGCGCACAAACCCCGAUCAGGGCGCUGCCUUCGCCAGCAUGUUAGUAGCCGACGAAGAACCACUAGCCGACAUAAACCAGAUAGUGGACAUCUUCAUGGAACAGAACAUGGUCCAACAGUGCACUGCGUUCCUAUUGGACGCCUUGAAGAACAACAGACCCACCGAAGGUCACCUACAGACCAGACUUCUCGAGAUGAACUUAAUGUCCGCUCCACAAGUCGCAGACGCCAUCUUGGGUAACAACAUGUUCACCCAUUACGACAGAGCCCACAUCGCCCAACUUUGCGAGAAAGCGGGAUUGCUCCAGAGGGCGCUUGAGCACUACACCGAUUUAUACGACAUCAAGCGGGCUGUGGUCCACACCCACCUCCUCCCGAUGGAGUGGUUGGUCAGUUUCUUCGGCACGUUGAGCGUCGAGGACAGUCUAGAGUGUCUCAAAGCUAUGCUGACGUCCAACAUCAGACAGAAUUUGCAGAUUUGCGUCCAGAUCGCUACGAAAUACCACGAACAACUCACGACGAAGGCGCUGAUCGACCUGUUCGAGAGCUUCAAGAGCUAUGAAGGCUUGUUCUACUUCCUGGGGUCGAUUGUUAAUUUUUCGCAGGAUCAGGAUGUGCACUUUAAGUACAUACAAGCCGCGUGCAAGACCGGCCAGAUCAAGGAAGUGGAGAGGAUCUGCAGAGAAUCCAAUUGUUAUAAUCCAGAGAGCGUCAAGAACUUCCUGAAGGAGGCGAAGUUGACCGACCAGCUGCCGCUGAUAAUCGUGUGCGAUCGGUUCGACUUCGUGCACGAUUUGGUUUUGUAUUUGUACAGGAAUUCGUUGCAGAAGUACAUCGAGAUUUACGUCCAGAAGGUGAAUCCCAGCCGCCUCCCCGUCGUCGUCGGCGGCCUGCUCGACGUCGACUGCUCGGAGGACAUAAUCAAGAACUUGAUCCUCGUCGUCCGCGGCCAGUUUUCCACCGACGAGCUCGUCGAGGAAGUCGAGAAGCGCAAUCGCCUCAAGCUGCUGCUCCCGUGGCUCGAGAGCCGCGUCCACGAGGGUUGCGUCGAGCCGGCGACCCACAACGCCCUCGCCAAGAUCUACAUCGACUCGAACAACAACGCAGAACGUUUCCUUAAAGAGAACCAGUGGUACGACUCUCGCGUGGUGGGCAGGUACUGCGAGAAGCGGGACCCGCACCUGGCGUGCGUGGCCUAUGAAAGGGGACAGUGCGACCGCGAACUGAUCGCCGUCUGCAACGAGAACUCGCUGUUCAAGUCGGAGGCGAGGUACCUGGUGCGGAGGCGCGACCCUGAACUAUGGGCGGAGGUGCUACAAGAAAGUAACCCUUACCGACGCCAGCUGAUCGAUCAGGUCGUCCAGACGGCGUUAAGCGAAACGCAAGACCCUGAAGACAUCUCAGUGACCGUAAAGGCGUUCAUGACUGCAGAUCUACCCAAUGAACUGAUCGAAUUACUCGAGAAAAUCGUCCUAGACAACUCCGUCUUCUCGGAUCACCGAAACUUGCAAAACUUACUGAUUCUGACAGCGAUUAAAGCCGACGCGACCCGCGUCAUGGACUACAUCAACCGCUUGGACAACUACGACGCCCCGGACAUCGCGAACAUCGCUAUCAACAACCACUUGUACGAAGAAGCGUUCGCCAUCUUCAAAAAAUUCGACGUCAACACGUCGGCCAUCCAAGUUUUGAUCGAGCAAGUCAACAACUUGGAUCGCGCUUACGAGUUUGCAGAGCGAUGCAACGAGCCGGCUGUGUGGAGUCAGUUGGCGAAAGCCCAGCUUAAUCAGGGCUUGGUUAAGGAGGCGAUUGAUUCCUAUAUUAAGGCUGAUGAUCCGUCUGCGUAUAUGGCGGUUGUGGAGACUGGGACGAAGACGAACUCGUGGGAGGAUCUGGUGCGGUAUUUGCAGAUGGCGCGCAAGAAAGCGAGGGAGAGUUAUAUAGAGUCGGAGCUGAUUUAUUCGUACGCGAAGACGGGACGCUUGGCCGAUUUGGAGGAGUUUAUCAGUGGGCCUAAUCAUGCUGAUAUACAGAAGAUCGGUGAUAGGUGUUUCGAAGACAAGAUGUACGAUGCGGCCAAGUUGUUGUACAAUAAUGUUUCGAAUUUCGCGCGGUUGGCUAUCACGUUGGUGCAUCUUAAGGAAUUCCAGGGCGCCGUCGACAGCGCCCGCAAAGCCAACAGCACUCGCACGUGGAAAGAAGUGUGCUUCGCAUGCGUGGACGCCGAGGAGUUCCGGCUCGCGCAGAUGUGCGGCAUGCACAUCGUCGUCCACGCCGACGAGCUCCAGGAUCUCAUCAACUACUACCAGGACCGCGGCUACUUCGAGGAGCUCAUCGGGCUGCUGGAGGCCGCGCUGGGUCUCGAGCGCGCCCACAUGGGCAUGUUCACUGAACUCGCCAUCCUCUACUCCAAGUAUAAGCCGGCGAAGAUGCGCGAGCAUCUCGAGCUGUUCUGGUCGCGCGUCAACAUCCCCAAGGUGCUGCGCGCGGCCGAGCAGGCGCACCUCUGGGCCGAGCUCGUCUUCCUCUACGACAAGUACGAGGAGUACGACAACGCCGUGCUGGCAAUGAUGGCGCAUCCGACGGAGGCGUGGCGCGAGGGACAUUUCAAGGACAUCAUCACGAAGGUGGCGAAUAUCGAGCUGUACUACAAGGCGAUUCAGUUCUACUUGGAUUACAAGCCCUUGUUAUUGAACGAUUUGCUGCUGGUGUUAGCACCAAGGAUGGACCACACGAGGUCUGUGGCAUUCUUUACAAAGACGGGACAUUUGCAGUUGGUUAAGUCGUAUCUAAGGUCGGUGCAGAAUUUGAACAAUAAGGCGAUUAAUGAAGCUUUGAAUUCAUUGCUGAUCGAGGAAGAAGACUUCCAGGGCCUGCGAACAUCGAUUGACGCUUUCGACAACUUUGACAAUAUCGGUCUAGCCCAAAGAUUAGAAAAACACGAACUCACAGAAUUCAGACGUAUUGCAGCAUAUUUAUACAAAGGCAACAACAGAUGGAAACAAAGCGUCGAAUUAUGCAAAAAAGAUCGUCUCUUCCGGGACGCCAUGGAAUACACAGCAGAAUCCCGAAAUCAAGAGCUUGCAGAAGAAUUAUUGGCUUGGUUCUUGGAACGAAAGGCCUAUGAUUGCUUCUCAGCAUGCUUAUACCAGUGUUACGAUUUACUAAGGCCUGACGUAAUUUUGGAACUGGCCUGGAAACAUAGAAUAAUGGAUCUAGCAAUGCCGUACUUGAUACAAGUAACGAGAGAACUGACUACGAAGGUAGAAAAACUUGAACAAUCAGAUGCACAAAGGCAAAGUGAAGCUGCAGAAGAAACACACAAGCCAAUGAUGAUCAACGAACCACAGUUGAUGCUGACGGCGGGACCCGGAAUGGGAAUUCCCCCUCAGCCGUACGUCCCGCCUCAGGCAUACGCCCAGCCGGGCUACGCCCCACAAAUGCCGUACGGUGCCUACCCAGGCAUGUAAUAUAAGGAGAAAAUUAGCCAGCGUUAUACUAAUUACAAGUUUAGAAAAGGAAACGGUUCAACUGACGCUAAUUAUAAAAAUCUUUUUUUAUUUUAAUCGCAAAGUCUAUAAAUGAAUUUAAUGUUAUGUAAUAUAUAAAAUAAUGAGUAAGUUUUGUUCAAACAACAGCCAUUAACUUUACGAAUUAGAAUUUCUUUUCGUUUGGUGUCGCGGUAAAUAGUCACUGUAAAGUUGUACAGUGUAGCCGAAGUUGUUGACAAUUUAAAAGAAACGAUUUACGCAAACUAACAUUAACCCAGAUAAAAACUGUUGAUUGUGUUAACUUAUUUUAGCCGGUUUGUAGAGGCUUUAAAAAUGAUCAGCUAGUUCGUACAAGUUGAUUUUGUUGGUUUAUUGAUCAUUAUCGUACUACAUGAUUUUUUUUAUUUAACGUCCAUUGUAAAUGUUAGUAUUUUAUGAGUAACUUUUUUGUUAUAUUUACUUUGAGGUGGGUGAUUUUGUUAGAAUGUACAUAACUGAUAUGUACCGGGCAAAAGUACAGUGUAUAUAACCUUUUCAGACACGUUUAAAUUAAGUUUCCUUAAACACCCACCGGAAUCUACUUUAGUAUGAUUAUCUAUUAUCAUUCCCAUUUAUAGUGUUAUUUAAAAUAAAAUAUAUGUAUUAAGUAUCA